UUUUUAUGGUUAAUGUUUUGCUGUGAGAACAGACCCAGGAGAAGAGAUGGAGGGCAUGGAUUUUGAGGAUAAGAAGUCCAAGAGGUACUGCAUGAAGGCAAAGCAUGUGGCUGUCAUCUGCGGCGUCGUGGUUGUUGUAGGUCUUGCUGUGGGGCUUGGCGUGGGAUUGAGCAGACCUAAAUCUCAACAACCUUCAGAGGGAACAGACCAGCCAACAAACCCUCCUCCCCAAGUGGAGUUGGGGCCUUGUCCUCCUAAAAAUGACGAGACUGGAGACUGGAGACAUUUUAGGCUACCUACUUACAUCAAGCCUGUCCACUACGAUCUGGAAAUGAAGCCUGAAAUGGAGACAGACAUUUACACUGGGACAGUCAGUAUUUCUAUUGCUUUGGAAAAAUCUACCAGCUACCUGUGGCUCCAUCUGCGAGAGACAAAGAUUACAGAAAUGCCCACACUACGGAAAUACUCGGGACAGCAGAUUGCUCUGAAUGACUGCUUUGCGUACCAGCCACAAGAGUACAUAGUGAUGAAGGCAGAAGCAGAGCUCUCUGUCACUGAUGAAAGUGAUCCCUAUAUACUCACCCUGAAGUUUCAAGGCUGGCUGAAUGGUUCCCUGGUUGGGUUUUAUAGGACCACCUAUACUGACAACGGACAGAUCAAGAGCAUUGCAGCUACUGAUCAUGAGCCAACAGAUGCACGGAAAUCAUUUCCUUGCUUUGACGAGCCCAACAAAAAGGCAACUUACAACAUAUCUAUCAUCCAUGAGGACGCGUACCAAGCACUUUCAAACAUGCCAGUACAGCAAACUGUACAGCUCGGUGGUGGCUGGACUCGGACAACUUUUGAGAAGUCAGUUCCCAUGAGCACUUACCUGGUAUGCUUUGCGGUGCACCAGUUUCAGUGGAUAGAGAGAAUAUCCGCUAGUGGAAAACCUCUGAGAGUUUAUGCCCAGCCACUGCAAAUAGACACGGCAGAGUAUGCAGCAAACGUGACAAAAAUUGUAUUCGACUUCUUUGAAGAGUACUUUAAUUUGAGCUAUUCUCUUCCAAAACUAGAUAAAAUAGCUAUUCCAGAUUUCGGGACAGGUGCUAUGGAGAACUGGGGGCUGAUCACAUACAGAGAAACAAACCUGCUGUAUGAUCCCAACGAGUCAGCCACUUCCAACAAACAGAGAGUAGCUGCUGUGAUAGCCCAUGAGCUCGUUCAUCAGUGGUUUGGAAAUAUCGUGACCAUGGACUGGUGGGAUGAUUUGUGGUUAAAUGAAGGAUUUGCCAGUUAUUUUGAGUUCCUGGGAGUAAAUGCUACAGAACCAGAUUGGCAAAUGCUUGAACAGGUUUUAAUUGAUGAUGUGCUUCCUGUAAUGAAGGAUGACUCUUUGUUGUCUUCCCACCCAAUUGUGGUCGACGUGUCAUCUCCAGCUGAAAUCACCUCUGUGUUUGACGGGAUAUCCUACAGUAAG